AUUUUUAUAAAACAUUGUUUAUCGUUAUCGCUGCUAAAGGAGAUGUUUUAAUUUGUUUAUUGAAAAGUUUUUUAUUUAAACGAUCUUUCUCCAAGUAGCACUGUCAAGAUGAAGGCAAAGAACGCUAACAACAAAAAGAAGCGGGCUAAGAGUUCGGAGAGGAAAGUAAAUGCAGCGAGCUAUCCGGCCAAAAGGAUUCCUAGCAAUGCCCUGAAGAGAACUCUCGAGAUCGCCACCAAUCCCAUUGACAACUUUUGGCUGAACAAGAACACAUCGUGCGUAUGCCCAAUAAACUACGAGCUAUACUUUGGCAAGAAGCGCUCCCCCACCAAUGAGAAGCUGCGCCUGGCCAGGAAUUGCCUGCUGCAGCGGGACUACAAGAACCUGGCCAAGCUGUUGGCCUCCAACCUUGCCGGGGACUCCGUCCUGCAGAGGGACUCGUAUUCUGUCUUCGCUGAAUACGCUGAACUACUCAAAAAGUUCACAAAACUCAAGUCAAAACUUGCCGACAAGGCCACUGGAAGUCAUCCGGAGUCUGCGGAAAGCUUAAAUUUAAACUCAGACUAAGACAUUUUAAGAAUUACAAUUUCACCUUCACUAUACUACAAUUAAAACAAGCUCUCGUAUUUUUGGUAAAAACACAACCUUAUAUAUGUGUAUAUUUAUUAAGCGUUAUGUUCUUCCUUUUAUUUUGACUUAAAUAUAAUAUCAAUAUGUUGUAAGGUUUUGCUAAAUAAAUACUGAAACGUGUUUACAAAAUA